AUGGUAGUGGACACAAGCAAGAAGCUAGCUGAAAUAAACUCCAAGAUCGAGAAUCUCAACACAAGGGUUUACUCUCUGGAGAAUCAUGCUUCUUCUGUUGCUGCUGCUACAAAGCAAGGACAACUACCUGGUAAAGCUAUUCAGAACCCCAAGGAACAGUGCAAGGUCAUCUUCACUCAAGAAGGACUUGUUGAAGAAGAGGAUCAAGAAAGGGUCAUUGAAGAUUUUUGUUUACUGCUGAAUGAUGAAGAGAUUGUUGCUGCUGAGGCUCCUGGAGUCCAGAUUGAUCAACCAGAAGUGCAUGCACCUACUGUGGCCAUUCACACUUCACCAGUUGAGCUCGCACGACAAGCUCGAUCGGCAGCUCGAUCGAGUCCAACUCUAGCUCGAUCGAGUCCGACCUCUUCUGUCCGACAGCCUGUUUUGCUUGAUCCUUACAACCGGUUGCCGCUUCCUCGUCUCGCCUACUUAGUCAAGGUCACAAGGAAGUGA